UUAUUCUAAACAUAAGUAGAAAUGUAAGCGGUGACGACUGCUGGCGACUGAGGGGGCGUGUCGCCGGGCUCUCAGUGUUCCUUGCGGCGUGGUGGGAGGCGGUCGUAUUGAUUACUCUGUUAUUUGUUGCGGUUUUUGGAAGCUGUUGCCCAUUUAGCAGACAUGAAACGAGCGGCCUCUGCAGAGCAGAAAACAUCGCUCCUUCCUUACCCACACCAGGAAGAAGUUAAAAAGCUUGCUGCAAGUCAGAACAACUUCACGAGGGAUUUCUAUGUGAAACUGGCCCAGAAGAAUUCGGAGAAUGUUUUCUUUUCUCCCUUCAGUAUCAUGACAGCUUUGGGCAUGACACAUUCGGGGACUGCUGGCAACACAGAGAGGGAGCUGCAUACUGCUCUGCAUCUCUCUCAGAGUAAAGAGGAGAUGCAUAUUGCCUUUCAAGAUGUUCUCACUGACCUGAAGGCUGAUGUAGCUGACUAUGAGCUUAGGACAUCCAACUUGGUCUAUGUUGCUGAUAGAAUGCCUGUGUUGAGUGGCUUUGCCAAGACCCUACAAGAAAAGUACCUUAGCUCCUCCAAGGCUGUAAACUUUGCUGAAGGGGAACAGGUGCGGCAGCAGAUAAAUGCCGAUGUCGAAAAUGAAACAAACUCCCGCAUUAAAGGUCUUAUGCCCUCAGGAAUAUUGAAUAGUUUAACAGCGAUGGUGCUGGUCAAUGCAGUCUACUUCAAAGGACUAUGGGAAGAGCAGUUCAAGACCACUGAUACCCAUGAUGGCAAGUUUUGGAUAUCGGAGAGUGAGAGCAUUAAGGUGCCAAUGAUGCAUAUCAAGAAGAUAUUUCGCAUGCAACACAACAAAGAUCUUGGAGCAACUCUUCUUGCAAUGAACUAUAAGGGAUCAAGGCUAAGUAUGGUGUUUGUGUUGCCUGACAAGCGGGAUGGACUAGCAGAGCUGGAGGCCAAGCUGGCUACUGUUCAGCUCCUUAAUAUUGACAAGGACCUCAAACAAAUUAAGGCGGAAGUCACUAUUCCUAAGUUCAAACUGGAAGAGUCACUUGAUCUGGUUGAUCAUCUAACGGAGAUGGGAAUUAGGGACUUGUUUUCUCGAGACAACUGCAACUUAAUAGGGAUCACAGGCGUCAACGACCUGUAUGUUACUCAUGUGUUGCACAAAGCCUUCGUGGAGGUCAACGAGAAGGGCAGCGAAGCUGCUGCAGCUACAGCUGUGGUAAUUAAAUGGAGAAGUCUGCCGCCGCCCACCCCGCGCUUCACUGCUGACCAUCCCUUCUUCUUCAUCAUCAGAGAUCAGCACUCGGGAUUAAUCUUGUUUGCCGGCAGGCUUGCUCAUCCUUAAGGAAGGAGGAAGGAGAUGUUGUGCUAUUUGUGCUACGAGGAGAUGAAGAACUUUGAAGAUUUAGUUUAAGAAUGAUGCUCAGUUCGUUUGUAUACGUAUAUUCCUUGCCUAUAUUCAUAUUCGUAUAUUCCAAGAGCAUAGUUAACUCUUUUAUCUUCAGUUCUACUUGACCAUGGUAGUAAUUUAUGGGGCUUAAAUUUUUAAUUUUCGGUUAGGUUUUAUUGUUAUUAAAAACCAUAUUUUCAUAGUUAACAUAAACUUUAACCAUAUUUCCUUAAACAUGGAGUUUUAAGAAUUUUUAGUUUUAUUUAAUUCUUGCAGUCAAUUGUAACUGCUUAUGACUUUUGGGACGUAAUUAUACAUUUAAUUGUGGAAAUUCCUUUUGUUUUCGUAUUUCAACAAUGCCUUAUUUUUUAAUAUUAAGGAUUUGUAUACACAUGUGCCUCAGGUUGUAUGGUGUAAUUUUUUAAUUCAAGUGGUAAAAUACGUCUCGUUCAUAUUUAAUAAUUAUUUGAAAGAAAAUAUGUUACUUAUUUUACUAAUUUUAUAAGACUACAAAAUAUACAAAAUUAAAGAGUUUGGUGCAGUAAUGAAUGAUUUCAAAGCUCUA